AAGGCUGACAAUACAGUAGUAGUGCAGGAGGGAGCCGCCUAAAACCGGGAUUGGAAGCGGUGCAGUCGGGGCGUGGACUUGUGUGCUGUCAAAUUGUCCCGCACAUUCCCUUUCGUAUUGAGACGAAAGCCUGAGCUGUGCCGUGUGGGGAGGGGGUGGGAAGUGUGCCGCAUUGAGCAUAAUCUGAUAAGAGCUUCCAUUCUAUCCUCCUGCAAUGCGCUCUGGGAUGUCAGUCGUUGGAGAAAAGUGCGUGUGAUCGGAGGAAGACAAACUGAGCUCAUGUUAUUUCCACCCGGAUGCCGGCUCUUUAUUUGCGGGUGUGUCGCCGUGCAUGGCAUCUGCGCACUUUACGUGUCCCGUGAUGCACGCAGGGAUUAGUGCGUAGCACAUUCCAGACAACCCGAGUUCCGACUGGUCACUUUCCAGAAAAAAAGAUUCAAUUCAACCUUUUUUGUAGCUUGUGGACAUUUUCAAUGUUGCAUCAAGUGGAUUUAUGCUUGCCAUGCUUUCGCAACAAGGUGAACGGUAGGAGAACUUGGGCGGAGAAAGUGCGCACCCUCCCAGAUGGACAUUUUUCCGGGGAGGUGAAAUGGAUGGGAUCCUAAAUAAACCCGAGGUCAUACAUUGGGAGCUUCCGAACUGCGUCACUGCUUGCGAGUGCGGCUGCAGGUAGGCGAGUCAGCUGUCCCUCCUCCACCGGAGAGGACCGCUCCUCAUCCGCAUCCUGCGCACACAAUGUCGAGGGACUAAACGUCAGCGGGGAUGCAUGCGGCGGAGGAUUCGAGCAAAGAUCCGCCACUUGGAUCCACGUUUUCCUCGGCCCCCGAUUUGGACUCUGAUAUUAACGCCAAUGCAUUCAGGCUCAUUGAAAACGGGGCGGAUGACAAUGUUAACAUCCAGAACACAGCCCUGCGAGGAGCCAGCGACCCCAGCGCAUAUCCCCCCUCAGACUACCGCGGGCUGGUACGCCAGAGGUUCAUUCGGCGGAGUUUGUGGGUUUCGGAAUCCGAGGACCAGACGCUGGACACGGCCGAUUGUGUCAGCAGCGCACCGGUGCCCAACAUCGACCUACGCUCCAUCGUCGGCCGGACUCGGAGCCGAAAUUUGCACUCCGCGCGUCAGGACCAGCAGGAGAAGUCGAGACCGGAUAGUCAGGUGGAAGUGAACGAAGACAUCGGGAUCGCGGGAACCUUCGAGGAGAAAUGUGACACGUGCCGAAGCGAGGUCAAGGAAGAGGGCUUGUCCUGUGACGUUACAGGUAAAGCAGGAAGUGAUGAGAACGAAGAGGAGCCAGGGAUGAAGGCCGUGUCCACCUCACCUGGGGGACGCUUUCUCAAAUUCGACAUUGAGUUGGGGAGGGGCUCCUUUAAGACGGUCUACAAAGGACUGGACACGGAUACUUGGGUCGAAGUAGCAUGGUGCGAACUCCAGGAGAGGAAACUGUCCAAAGUGGAGAGACAAAGGUUCAAAGAGGAGGCAGAGAUGUUGAAGGCUCUUCAGCAUCCCAACAUUGUAAGAUUUUACGACUUUUGGGAGUCGCCAUUAAAAGGAAAGAAGUGCAUAGUUCUGGUGACAGAGCUGAUGACCUCAGGGACACUGAAAACGUAUUUGAAGCGCUUUAAGGUGAUGAAGCCCAAAGUUCUUCGGAGCUGGUGCAGACAGAUCCUGAAGGGCCUCCACUUUCUCCAUACCAGGACACCUCCAAUCAUCCACAGAGACCUCAAGUGUGAUAAUAUCUUUAUCACUGGCCCAACGGGAUCAGUCAAGAUUGGUGAUCUGGGCUUGGCAACUCUGAAGAGGGCUUCCUUUGCUAAAAGUGUUAUUGGUACACCAGAGUUUAUGGCCCCAGAGAUGUAUGAGGAGCACUAUGACGAGGCUGUGGAUGUCUACGCCUUUGGCAUGUGCAUGCUGGAGAUGGCCACAUCAGAAUAUCCUUACUCAGAGUGUCAAAACGCAGCACAAAUCUACCGCAAAGUCACCAGUGGGGUAAAACCUGCUAGCUACAGCAAAGUAAGUGAUCCAGAAAUUAAGGAGAUAAUUGGAGAGUGCAUUUGUCACAGAUGGGAGGAGAGGUACUCCAUCAAGGAGCUUCUGAAUCACGCCUUCUUUGCAGAGGAUACAGGUGUUAGAGUGGAGCUCAAUGAAGAAGAUGAUGGGAAAAAAUCCUCCAUCGCUUUGAAGCUGUGGAUCGAGGAUCCUAAAAAGCUUAAGGGAAAGUACAAGGAUUCCGGUGCCAUUGAGUUCACUUUUAACUUGGUGAAUGAAGAUCCCGAAGUUGUCGCACAAGAAAUGGUGGAGUCUGGCUUUUUUCUGGACUGUGAUGUGAAGGUUGUAGGGAAGUCAAUCCGGGACCGUGUGGCUCUGAUCAAAUGGAGAAGGGAGCGCACUGUCCCAUCGGGAAAUGGCGAAGUCUCUGUGAAGAAGACACAGCAGAACCUCCUGCAGGUGCCCGGACAACAAGGGACCACGUUCACCACAACCGAGUUCGACGAUCAAGACGUGGAACAGCAGACCUUGAUUUGUACAGUCCCGGUGACGACUUCGACCACAUCAGACAUUUGUGUGAGCUCUGCCAUACAACUGGACAAUCUCUGCAAACAGCAAAAUGGCUCCUACCAGUCACUGCCUGAGACCAUUUGCACAGCUCAGUCAGUCAGCAGUCCCCCUGCACAGCUUGAACCUCCAGUACAGCAGGGGCCAUAUCCUCUCACCACAGCACAGGCCUCACAUGACCAUUACAUACAAGAAUCCACACAGUUACAUCAAGGAGCCUACCAGCAAACCAUAAGUCAGAUAGAUGCCGUGACCUAUCAACCACCUGCUGCAAAGUUGCACCUGGGGCCAGAUGAGGCUCAAACACAUCUCAAAAGUGAACCCUUUGUAAACCAUGACAUUACCGCUUCCAGACGUGGAAGUGCCCAGGUUGAGAAGUUAAAGUGUGGGACUCAGUCAAGAGUGUAUUUGUCCGGCUCAUACACCAGACACAAAUCAUGUCCUAAAAACUCAUCUUUAUCAUCUGCCCUCUUGUCCCCUCAUCAAUUUUGUCAUCGUGACUCAGCAAGUAAUUACAUUUCACCUCUCCUUCACCCCUCAGAGCAACGACCCAGCGUUCCCUGCAGGUCACAGCCUCAUCACCACUGUGGAACUUGCAUGUCUCUCCUUCGGGUGAAUAGGACCAAGAGAAGGGGUUCUUUGGGAUGUGCGCACAUCUCUAAGCCUACCUCAUUUCUGCUCACUUUACCUCCUGUUUUAAAGUCAUCAAAUUGUCACUCCCCACCAUUGAUUUCACCUCACUCAGCUUCAAAUGCUGAUCUGUGCAGGAAUUUGUUUGACAGUGGAGAUCUCAAUUUUCUGAACCACUGUCUCCAUCACAUCGUCGGGCGGAGGACAAGUUCUCCCACCCUUUCAGAGAGUGGUGCUAACUGUCACACUCCUCUUUUGUUUGAGCAUGUAGACAAAAGUCAGAGUCUUAAAGUUCCACUGUCCUCUUCUAACCCCAGUUCAAACAAAAGGCUCCGCUUACCAACAUGUAACAGCAAAGGCAGUGCAGAUACUCCGACAGUUUCUGCUCCAUCAACACCAGCCCCUCCAAUGCACCAGAGUAGACAGACAGCACAGAGCUUCCCAGCAGCAACGGCCACUGUGCAGACACAGUUUACUGCUCAAUAUGGUCACGACCAGCAAAUAUCUGCUGACAAUACUACUGCUCACCUGAGCCCUCCUGACAUAUCGGCAAGUUUUCCGCAGUCUGCCACCAGUGCUACCCCUCCUCUACUGCCCCUGCACAUUAGCACACAGUUUCCCUCACCAUAUUGUGUUCAUGCAGGGGGCACCAAGCCCCCUCCCUUCUCCCCGGUUCCCUUAGCGAGCCCUUCCUACCCACCUUCACCCCACUCCACCCGCAUUCUCCAAAACCCACAUUCAGCUUCUGGCACCCUUCAGUCCACAACUCAGCAGUUGCCCUUUGUAGCACUCCCUAGCACAAUCUUUACCAUAAACAUGUCCCUUGCAGUGCCCCUUCAUCACAGUGACCCAGUUACAUCCUAUCCAAACAUUGGUGGCUUCCAUUACACCCCUUCCUUACCUCUUUCCCAGGUACAACCCACCCCAUAUCCUGUCCCAAACCCUGAGCAAGAACUGGCUGAACAGGUCCAGACCAACACUCCACAGGGAAAUUUAGAAGACGUUCAACUUUUGGCCCCAGUUCAACCUGUCCCAACUACUAUUCAGAUACCUCUCUGGGGAAACGGAACAGAUAUAGAAACAGCUGUAGUCAGCACAGACUUAAAUGUAGCCUCUGCAUUUCAGACUUCAGCACCAAUCUCUGCUGCAACGGAUGUCGAAACUCAAAUCCCAGCACAAACUGCAGAUUCAAUCCAACCAAAAAGUCAAGCAGCAGGCCAACUAGCUCAGUCUUCAGCUUUAGCCCCAGUUUAUGCAACAAUUUCCGUAACAGGUUCAACACAAGUCUCCUCUACAAGCUUACCUGAUUCCUCAGCAUUGCAACAAACCCAGAUCUCUGUACCAGGAUUGGUCUCUGUACCAAGCUCUAUCCCUCUACCAGAUCAGCCUUCUGUUGCUCCCAUUUCUGUCCCAGUUCCAGCGCUGCAGCCCACUGGCGUCCAGACAGCAGUCUCAAUGGCAUCUGAAUGUGUUAGCCAGCCUGCAGCUUGUCAUAAAAAAGAAACAGCAUCAGGUUCUUGCAAUUUACAGCAGGAUCCCUGCACAGAGGAAGUGUUUCAAGAAAAAACCGCUGUGCCCAACUACACCUAUGACAGUCCAUACUCAGAUGUCGCAUCUGGUAAGGAAACAAGUGAUGGAUAUGACAGCUUGGCCAGUGGAGGUAAGGGAGAAGGAAAACACAAGAAACAUCAUCGAAAAUCGACACGCACACGAUCUAGGCAAGAAAAGACGAGCAAGCCCAAAUUGAGCAUGCUCAAUGUUUGUAACACCGGUGACAAGAUGGUUGAAUGUCAACUGGAGACUCACAAUCACAAAAUGGUGACUUUUAAAUUUGAUCUCGAUGGUGAUGCUCCAGAGGAAAUUGCCACUUAUAUGGUGGAGAAUGGAUUUAUCCUACUUUUAGAAAAAGAGAUCUUCAUCGACCAGUUAAAGGACAUCGUGGAUAAAGCUGAAGACAUGUUGAAUGACGACACGGAGGGUGAGAGGGUGUCUACUCUGAGCUGCAGUCCAAAAAUAGGAGAGAACUCUGACGGACUAGCAGGCGAGAGUCAACAGUCUGGUGGAAUCCAGCCCGUCUACCAGCAGAAUGUUCUUCAUACAGGAAAGCGGUGGUUCAUAAUAUGCCCUGUGGAGGAGACCCCCUUUUCCAGCCAGGAGCCCACAUCUGAUGGUACACUGUCCCAUUCUCCUAGCAGUUCAGCCAACACGCAGCUGCCUUGCAGGCCUUCGACAUCACGAGCAGAAGAGGGUUCAUCCUCUACAAUGUCAGGUGGUAGUGGAGGCUUCAUCCAUGAUGUGUAUGGAUUCUGUAGCCCUCCAAUUAUGUCCAACACAGACCCUCUCCUGUUGGCCAGCCUGUCUCCUCCAGUGUCUGCACCCCCGGCUCUUCAGUCGGUACCAUCAAUGGAGCCCCUCAAUAGUGUACUUCAAGCACAACCAGCUAGAGCUCAAACCUUGCCGGUUUCAUCUCCACAAACCACCUUUCAAACGGAUAAACCACAAGGAUCCCCUGUGAGCGCCACAUCUCCCAUCCAUACCAGUUCAAACAUAGUGGACAUCACCUGUCCCGUGUCUGUGGCCGAGGAAAUACCUUGCUGUCCUCUGGUCAUGCCACUGUCACUUGAUGUGAGCAGCUCACCGGGUGGCUCCCCUCUAACCCCUCUCCCACCACAGGAGCCAGGAUCGGCUAAAGAGUCACUGUCUCUCUCGUAUGCCGCCGCUGCACGUGGUGAGCGCCCCCAGCAACCUGUGGUCCUCCACCAGCCUUUCUCCAGUGUGGGAGGAGCAAAAGUGUCAUCGCUGCCCCAGAGCCCGGCACCAUCUCAGCACGGUGCAGGACAUGGAGAGUCAGAUGGUGAAUCCCGCCUGGGCCGCGGAGGCUUUGUGGACAGCACAAUUAAAACACUAGAUGAAAAACUAAGAAACCUGCUAUACCAGGAAUACGCUCCCAUGUAUCCAUCGGGAAGUACCGCAGAGACACCAGGUUCUGGUACCGAGUACGUCCAAUCUCCUCCUGGUCCAGACAGUGCCACUGGUGGGUCAGGAAACAGUACACCAGGUCCUAUGGAGGAGAGUCGCUACAGAGCAGGAGAACAACUGCCUCAAAUUCCAGAGAGAAUGGAUAGUUUGAGCACUCUGAGUGACUCAGCUGUGUGUGCGUCCCAUUCCAAAAGGCAUGUUUCUCACUCCGUCUCCUGCUCUGGGACAAGAGGCCGAUUUAAGAUAAUCUCAGUUCCUCCUGAAGUGGCCAACAAACGAGACGUUAAACAGAGGAGUUGGAGUAGUGUUGCCUCGCCAGCACAUCCCGCAGGUUACGUUGUUCCUUCUGAAACGAUGACUCCUUCCACCACGAUUGGUCGCUUCUCUGUGGUCAGCACGGAGGAUGAUAUCACGCAAAGGACACGUUGCAGUCGCUACUCUGCUCCACCUGACUUUUAUCUGGACACGCCUCCUUCUGUGUCUAAUCAGAACUCCUUGCCUCCUACAGUCACCUCAGCGUCUGUACCUGUUGACAUCACGAUUCAUGCACGCUUCCUUUCUUCAGACUCGGGGGCUGAGAGCAGCCCCGCCAAACUGACCCCAGCAACCCCGAGUCGACAUACUCGCUCAGAGCGUAGAGGAAGUGACCUGAUGAAGAGGGCAGUGGCCUUCCUCAGACGUUCAGGGCGAAGCAGCAGCGUGCAGAGCUCCGACUCUCCAAGCAGGCACGGAGGUGUUCAUGGCUCAGCCUACGCAAGCAGUGACAAUGACUCUGAGAUGGAGGACUCUGACAUGAAAAGGGAACUGCAGACACUCCGAGAGAAGCAUUUGAGGGAGAUCUCUGAGCUGCAGGCCCAUCAGCGAGGAGAAGUGGAGCUUCUGUACCUCAGACUUGGCAAAGUCCCUCCCUCUGGCCUGACGUACUCACACGUAGCACCACCUGCAGCUCGCAGAAAAAGAUCUGGCAAGCACAGGCUGAAACCUGGAAAGCUCCUUAGCCCUCUGGUGCAACAAUUUCGACAUGUCACGAAUAAAACUGGUGACUCAAGCAGAUCAACUGUCCCAGGAGCAGGUGAGACAACUGUGAGUUUAAACGGAUCUCCAGCCAGGGCGUCGGUCACCACUCAGGGCAGGGAACCGUUUGGUCCCGGCCAUAUUCCCACCUCCACCUCGGAACCCGUGCAAACUCAACAGCCCUGCUCUCUCAAGGGCUCCUUGUCCUCUGAUAACAUUUACGCUGGACUAUUUGCCGGAGAUGGCACGAGCACACAAGCUCCUCCAACUCUAGGCUGGGCUAAUUACCCUCAACCAUCCGAGAGAGUGACUUAUAAAUCCAGUAGCAAGCCCAGAGCUAGAUUUCUCAGUGGGCCUGUGCCUUUGUCUAUCUGGUCAACACUGAAGCGAUUGUGUCUUGGCAAAGAGCGAGGCAACAGAGCCGGUGCUGGGUUAGGGGUUGUUAAUCCAUCGCACCAACCUCACACCGUUGCCACACCACCUCCUCAACAGCCAGUGAUGGGACUGGCCCAAGCUCAAGCCAAUAACAGCAAUAACAAGACAGGCACCUACGCCUGUUCUUCCAUCAGUGCCAGUGAAAUCAACCUGCCUGAAGAUCUCCAAAGACUAAUGGAUGACUGGACGCAGGAAGUUCUUAUUGUCACUCAGAGGCCGCGUACAAACUCCCUGCACAUCGGGAGGCAGCGGCAUCUGGGUCAGAUGGUCACCCCCGGUCAGGUUGCAAGUACUUCCGAGGUGUCAUCGUGGAUGACCCCGCGUUUCGAAACCGGCCACCUUCCUACAUCACGGCCUGACAGCACCGGCAUGGCGAUAAUCAACAAGUCCUCCACAGAACCCGGCACCAUUUGUCACCUUUUCUCUUCCUCCCCUCUUUCUCUUCACGAAUCGCUUAAGGUGCCUCUUGCCUAUCCUUCCAAAAUGUUUGCCUUUCCUGGUACUCCCUUAACGCAGGAUGCUUCCGUCCCAAGUGCAUCAUAUCAAGCGCCGGACCCCAAAGCAAGAACUCUUUAAUCUGAGUAGUCCUGUGUCUUCCAAGUCUUGUACCAAAAAGAGAUGUCAUUGUAGUUCUUCUCCAUGACAUGUGCACAGUGUAUAUAGUGUAAUUAACCAGCAAGCAUUCUCUGGUCUCUCAUUUGCAUACCUCAUGGUUAUAUCCCAUUAUCAUUGAUUGCAGUGUAAUGGCAGAUUUUGAAGUUGGUUUCAAGAUGCUAAUUUAUUUCAUUCUGUGUAUGUAAAUGUAUGACUUUAGUAUUGUUAUAUUCAAUACUGAGAUUUACAGUCAUGUCAACCGACAGACUAGCUACCAAGUGUAAUAUAGGACUACUUGUUAGUCUGUAUAUAGAUUGUACAGUUAGCAGCAUAUGAUCCUUAGAUUGUUGCUGCAGCUACUGUAUGUAUCUCAAUACAACCCCCGAGCAGUCAACAUCAUCAGCCACCACUGUGAAGAUUUAAGGACCAGAAGAGCAAGGAUCUGUUCAACCAGUCCAAGGUGAAGUUUAUCCCCCCACAUCAAUGAAAUGCUUCCAGCACAAGCGUUUGGAAUAUAAUCCAUGAGACAUUGGAAUGAACUUUACCUUCACGUGAAAACCACCUGUGAGUGUGCCUUGUAUUGUAAUUUCUGAAGAUGAGCAUUUAGGUCUGAAAAGCCAUGAGUUUUCUCAAUGGAUCCUUAAAUUAUGUGAUUAGAAUGAUCAAAAUGGACAGGAAAUUAUAUAUUCAUUCAAAUGCUAAUUCAAAUGUCAAGCAGGUCAUAACAUAUCAGAUUGUAAAGAAAACAACAAAACAAUAAUAUUGAGUAAGGUAUAACGACAGUACUGUAUGUGCUUUAAUCUAUCCUGCAUUGUUUUUCCCUAAUAACUUGUUUAACUCCUUCUCUGACAUUCAAAAAUUGGUUGGAAAAAACUCAAGAUAUUUGCAAAGAGACUGACACGGGAUUCUCAAUGGAAUGGAGGCCGGGGUCCAAAUGUGAGCAGAACCUUAAAUGUCCGUUACCUCUAAUAAUCUGUAGCUUUACAUGUGGUUGCCUUUAGGGUUUUUUAAAGAGUUUCUGUAUGGUUGGUUGAGUGAUGAUAUGGCAAUGGCAUAAAGUACACUAAGAAUGUGAA